AUGGAAGAACAAACCCUGGCCAGGCUGUUGCACCGAGCCGACGAACAAGCCCCACUCGGCGAAGCCCCAGCCAUCGUCGCAGACCAGGUCCGAGGUGAAUACGCCAGGCGUCGAACCCGUCGCCGCCGCACGAAGUUUGCCACCUCCGCGCUCUUGCUGCUCACAACAUCGCUGGUCGUAUGGAGCCAGUUCGACCAAGACCCCAGUCCACAGGUCCCCGACCGCAUCGCCACAACAGAGCCAAGCCAACCGAAGCCCGAGUCGCAAUCAACCCGCAGUUACGAAGAAGUGGUGGCAGAAAUCGAGCGGCUCGACGCCGAAGCCGAAAUGCACCUGCAGGCGGCCCGCAUGAUCAGAACCGCGCUGGCCGAACAAAGGGCCGAACGCGAACUCCGCGAGCAACUCCGCAAAGGCGACCCCAUCGACUGGAUCCACGAACAACAAAACCGCACCGCACUCGCCAUGAUGAUGCGAGCCGAGCGACUAAGCCAACAGCCCAACAGCCAAGCCGAAGUUGAAUCAACCUACCAACAGAUCAUCAAACUCUUCCCUACCACACCGACCGCCGAGCUAGGCCAAUUCGGAGGAACCAGUUCUGAACCAGUGAUCGACAGAGCAGAGGGUCAUCUGAGGAUUACGUGCGAUCCGGAAUCGGAUCUUGAGGAUGUGGCUCUAAUCGCAGCAUUGCUUAACAGUCGCGAGGUAGUCGCCUCGCUUAUCCGGUCCGAGAAUGAUUCUCCCGGUAAGCAACUGCAGAAGGCUCUCGCAAAGGGUGAAGUCGAGAUUGACGUGAGCCUUGUUCCGGGGAGCAUAAGAUCGCUUAUAAGAAUUGUGGUGGUAUCGAAAGACGACAGGUUUGCCGCCCACGAUUUACUCGAAGCACUUGUUGCGUCGUUGCGUAUCGAGCUAGAAGAGAUCGAUGCUAGUGAUGCGAAACACGAAGACUUGCGAGACCUCACAGAGCAAUUUGAAAAUUUAAAGGCUGAAAUCGACAGGAAGAAAGCGACGGCAGUUAACUUGAGGGCUUCUCUUUCCGCCUAUCAAUUGGAUGAUAAAAGCUUGGAAACAGUACGCCGGGAUUUGUUCGCGAAGAAACAAGAACUUCGCCUAGAAGUAUUAGCACUUGAAGCUCGUGUUGGAGCUCUGGCGCAGAAAAUUUCUGAUCUCACUGCAGAGAUUGAGCAAGCGCUGGCAGACGAUCCACUUGUGGCGAAACUUGAAGUAGUCGUCGAAUACCGCCAAGCCGCGUUAGAUGUUGCUCUUACUCAGCAAGUCGCAGAGAAAGAAAAUGAAAAGCCAAUCGCAACUUCUGACGAACUAAUCGCAAAACGAAGGUUAGAACUAGCUCAAGCCGAGGCUGAUCUAGUCAAAGCCCGUGAGGAGUCGAAGGUCAGGGCUGGUGGUGGAUUAGUAGUGGAUCUAAAAAGACAGUUAGCGGUUACCGAGAUCGAACUCUUCGAGUCCAGCGAGCGUUCAGAAGAGGUGGAUGCGAUCGCGGAAGGACUACACAAGAAUCGAGAGCCUUCACACUUGAGAGCCCUGGAAUCCGAAAUUGCGGUAUUGGAACGAUGGCAAACACAAUUGCUUGAACGUCUCACCGAGAAGCGAAUCGCAUUAGAGAUGCGUGAAAAGCCUACGGUCACCCUGAUCCUCAAUUACAAGACGAGUGUCUUCCAAUAG